AUGGGACGUUUAUGGUUAUUAUUUCUUUAUGUCGUUACAACUACGUUUAUUAUACAUGGAAGUAGAGGAUGCACAAUAAGUGGAAUCUCUAAUUGGCUAUUACCUCAAAACAGAGAAAUUUUCGACAUUCAUGAUGGGGUUAUAUUCAACGCAACAACCUCAGACAUCCAAAGUAUAAUUGGUGUAACCCAUAGAGACGGACUUAAUAGUGGGCCUUAUGUUGAUAUAGCACAUAUUGAUUCCGAGCUCAUCAUUUCAACCAGUGCUACUUUCAGAAACUUUGAGAAUCAUGAAACUGUUCCAUCCAUGGGUUUUUCUAUAAAUUUUAGAUGCUCCGAUGGUUCUUCAGCUCCUUUGGUUUUUAACAUUGAUGUGAUAGAUACAAACAACAAUGACCCUGUAUUUAAUUCAACCACUUACGAAUAUACAUUGCCAUUUCCGAUUCCGCCAAACUUUUCAAUAACUAACUGCAUCAACGAUUUAUUCGUCCGUGACAUCGACUUAACAACUGAAAGAAUUGAGUUUACAUUAGAAGGGAGUACGUUAUUUGAAAUUUCAUAUGGCGGAUCGACGGUCCCGAAAGAAUUCACAGCUAUAUUGAGAACCACGACAUUUAUCAGAUCAAUCACUGAGCCGAUAUUACUUACAAUAACAGCAACGGACGUAGAUAGAACUGGUGAUCCACGAAGGACAACUUCUACUAUAGUUACAAUCUUAGCAGAUAGCGAGUUCUCGUUGCCCGAAGAACCAACUUUUUCGCAACCCUUCUAUAUAGCGUCGUACACGAGAGAACAUGAUAUCGUUUUAACAGAUUCUAUUACCUUAAGCCAAGGUUAUGACAGUCAAGUGAUAUUUAGUCUGGACGGGCAAUUUUCCGAUUAUUUUUCACUGCUAAGAAAUGAAAACCAAAUCACCCUCAGAGUGGAAACUGAACUUGACUUAGAGGAACUUGAGCAAAACGAGAUUUAUCUCGUCGUUAAAGCGGAAAGAGACUACACAAAUGGCGCUACCGCAACGAUCAUUUUACGACUACCCAAAGCUAGGGAAUUAACAUUUGAAAAACCAUCGUACAGUGGAACUCUGGAAACGAAUAUUGUUAACUUGGAAGAUGUUAUUUUGAAUGUGGGUUUCAACAACGACGUUUUGUUUCGACUUACUGGACGAUUUGCAGAGCUAUUUAAUAUUAUAAAUUAUGAAAAUAGAGUUGUUAUUGAAACAAAAGAGGCAAUAUCAGAAAACAUAUUACAAGAGAACAAUUUCCUUGUAUUGACUCUAACUGCAUCCGCCCCAUAUGCUACAACAGCUUCGACGACUAUUUUCCUUGAAAUAAAAAAAGACGACUAUGUGACACCUGUAUUCAGUCAAAACAUUUAUAGCGGAAUGUACGUAUCCGACUCAGAAGUUACAUUUCCAAACAUCGUUUUAACCCAAGGCUACGAUGAAACAGUAACUUAUAGAUUAGAAGGAGAAUAUGCAAAUUAUUUUACGCUAAGUUCAAAUUUAAACAACGUUUUACUUAAUUUAAAUUCAACAAUUCCUAAAGAUGUAAUAUUUAAUGAGAAAGUUUUGCUAUUAAACAUUUUGGCUGAAAAACCUAGAACAGUCGGGGCAAACACAGCUAUCGCUCUAAAAUUCGGAACAGAAUUAACGGAAGCUUCAAUUUUGAAAUUCUCCAAGAGCACUUACAACGGCCACUUAAAUGAUGGAGAACUGACAGUAGAGGAAAUAAUUUUAGAAUCAGGGUAUACACCACAAAUCACAUUUACAUUAAAAGGAGAUUUUAAUAAUAGCUUUACCAUUUUAAAUACUAACAAUGUAGUAAAAAUUGCAUUAUCGAGUACGGCAUCCAUAGAAGACCUUGCACAAAACAGAUUUGUAGUGUUGGAAAUUGAAGCAACAGGAGAAAGAGCUGUACCCGUAAUAACAAGUGUGAUAAUUGAUAUACCAGAAAUCGAAAUUGUAAAUCCAAUCUUUUCAAGACCAUUCUACAGUGGAUCUUACAGAAAAGAUAAAGGUUUAGUAUUCACAGAAGAAAUAACUCUUCAAAGUGGUUACGAUAGCAGUGUUUUAUUUAGCUUAGAAGGAGAACAUUCACAAUGGUUUACUCUACAACAAAAUGAAAAUUUAAUUGCAUUGAUUUCCAAUCAAGUCAAUCCCCUUCCUCAAGAUAUAUUAGACCAACAUAGCAACUUAAUGUUUGCAAUUGUAGCUAAUAAACCAAAUACUACUGAUGGAAAAGCAGCAAUACAUAUUGAUUUGCCAAAAGAAACGAUGAACCUACAAUUUGAGAAAAACAGUUAUAUAGGACGUAUAGAAAAUGGUUAUUUACAUUUGGAAGAAAUACGACUUAAUGGCGUUGUUGUAUCUUCCGUUGAACUAAACCUGGUAGGUGACUAUGAGUCGUAUUUUGAUAUAACAAUAGAGUCUGGUGCUAUAGUCAUUCGACUUCUUGAUAUACCUGAAGAAGUAAUUGAAAAUAAUAACGUGAUUACACUUAAUUUAGAAGCAUCUCAAAUAAAUGCAAUUAAAGGCCAUACAACAAUUGUUUUGGAAAUUAUUAGGACAGAAGUAAUACCACCCAUAUUCGAGCAACCCUAUUACUUCGGUGAAUAUUCGAAUCAAGAAGGUUUAAGCUUCCCUAAUGUGAUUAGGCUCAUUCGAGGUUUUGAUGAAAUCGUCUCCUUUGAACUUGAAGGCGACAGUUCGCAGUGGUUCAAUUUAGUCGAAAGAGAAGAAAACAACUUCACGUUAACACUUAAAAAUGAAAACUUGCACGAUUUAACAGAUAGAGAUAUUUUGAUAUUCACCGUUGUAGCACAUAAAACUAAAACUGAAUCUGCUCACGCUACUAUUGUUAUUUCAUUAAAAGGAGGAAACCCUACAUUGAAGUUCGAACAAACAAGUUAUGUGGGGUCUAUCAACAACAGCGUUGUUAUCCUGAGCCAGAUAACUCUAAGCGAAGGAUACCACGAAAAUGUUUCUUUUAGUUUGCAUGGAGCACUGGCACCAUUCUUUAACUUAUUGCUAAAUGAAUCAAUUAUAACUUUGGAAGUUUAUGAAAUUAUACCCGAAGAAGUACUAGCGGCGAACAAAAUAAUUGUGCUUGACUUAAUAGCAUCAGCUCCGAACACUGAAACAGCGAUUGCCGUGAUAGUACUCGAUGUCAUAGAAAAUGAAACGCCUCCAUUAGAACAAUUAAUUUUUGAUAGAACAUAUUACACGGGUCAUUAUUCUAACGGUCAAUUUGAAUUCAACCAAAUAAUAUCCUUGGCCAGUGGGUACGACAGCUCAACGAUAUUCAGAUUAGAAGGAGCAUUCACCGAAUGGUUUCACCUUCAGCAGUCUGAAAACUGGGCAACACUUGUGCUGUCCGACUCGAUUCCAUCCUCCGUCCUCGCUGCAAACCAAGUUCUUGUCCUCGACGUACGCGCGGAGACUAGCGCCGGCGCAACCGGAAGAACAAUUGCCGUUGUGACACAUGAUUAUGAAACCGACGAGGCAUUCGACAAAAUUCUUUAUGAUGGAAAACUCGAAAAUGGCGUGGUAUCCCACGAAACGAUUACCAUAUCCGGAUACAGUGGUACCAGUUUAGAAAUUAUUGGAGAGCAUCAGUCUUCGUUCCAAGCCAGUGCUCAGAACGGCAUUGUGACGAUAAGCCGGUCUCCGUCGGCAGCGCCUUUGCCCGCGUACCUCACGUACGUCCCGUUGACACUGCAGGCUGAUCGUGCUAGCGCUGUACUUCUGCUAGACGUCGUCGAUUCAGGAUCACAAACUGAAGUGGCAUUUGACAAAGUUCUUUAUAGCGGAAGAAUCGAGGAUGGCGUUGUAUACCACGAGGCGAUUACCAUAUCGGGAUACAGUGGCACCAACAUACAAAUUGUGGGAGAGUAUCAGUCUUCGUUCCAAGCGAGUGUUCAGAGCGGCAUCGUGACGGUAAGCUUGUCUCCGUUGGCGGCUCCCUUGCCAGCGGACCUCGCGCACGUCCCGCUGACCCUGCAGGCUGGUCGCGCUGGCGCCGUACUUCUGCUAAGCGUCAUAGGCUCAGGAACUACUAAUCCACCAGAUGUGACUUUUAGUAAGUCAUCAUAUUUCCUUUGGGCUGAUGUGGAACAAACUGGAGUGGUUGGAAGAGUAGAGGCCACUGCAAGCAACAAUGAAGCUAUCGCGUAUUCUCUUCAAUUUAACGAUGAGUUUCUCCAGGACGUUAUAACAAUUAAUAACGAAGGUGAAAUCCUCCUGUCAAAUUCUAUCCAAUCAGGUGUUCAUAGUUUCACUGUAAUAGCCACUACACAAAACAGUCGAGCUACUGCCACUGCAUCGGUGUUGCUCCGCAUUGAAGCUUUGCCGAAAUGUGACACUGAGAUAGGCUUACCCCCGUUGAUAGUGUUAGAGAGACUUGAAGAACAACCUCAUGAAAAUUUAAUUGUCUUCAAUGAAACAAGUAACAAUUGCCGAUAUGAGCUGUCAAACAGCUGGCCAGCGGAUCAAUCAUGGUUAUACAUUGACAAAAAAGGACUACAUUCGAGGGCUAUCGACCGAGAAGAUCAAUCAAUCGCUUUUAUGACUUUAUCUCAGAUUCAAGUGGAACUAAUUCUCUCCUGCGACAGUGAUGUAACAUCGGUCGCUAAGCGUUCAUUAAACGCAGGAAUACUCGAACCGGGGUCCUAUAACUACGGUUCUAAUAAAUGGAUUUUGGCCGAUACUAUUGAAUACAAUCCGAGACGUAGUUUGGUGAACCUUAUUGUUAAUGAUAUUAACGAUAAUCCUCCGAUAUUCAUUGGAAAGGAAACCGAACCAAUUUAUGUCGGUUUUCCAGAGCCGGAACUCGAUGAUAUGAUUUUACCACGAGCUUUGGUCGAGCUAAAGGCAACGGACGCAGAUAUUGGUGAAAACGCUGCGUUAAUGUAUUGGAGCAGCGAGGAAGGCAUCGCGGUAGCGCCACGAACUGGCUUCGUGCACGUGCGAAAUAACGCUCGCUUGGAAAACAACUCUCGCUUCACGGUGUACGCCACAGAUUUGAAUGGAAGAGGUCGUAACGGAACUUUAGAUAUUGUGGUGAAAAUAUUAAACAUAAACCAAAUUGCGGUUGUUACUGUCCAAAGUGCAUUUUUAGAUGACGAAAACUCCGUAUUAAAUGAUCUAAGUGACGCUGUAGGAUACCAAAUUAAAGUUUUGAGAGGGGUUGUAAUUUCUCAAAAUAAUGAAGAUUUAUCAAGAACACGACGUAAUUUAGGCUUUGCUGAUAUAUCUUUGCAACUUUAUAUAUAUGGAAUACAUGAAAAUGAACCAGUCAAUGUCGUUCGCCUCACUAGAGAUAUAAAUAACAGCAAUGCUGCAUCUGUGAAUAUUGCCCGCGUGCUAUCUCUAGAAGAUCAUCUUGAAAGUCUUGCGAUAUGUCCAGUUCCAGAACGUGACAUUGGCUUGUUGGUAGCCACAAUAGUUCUCGCUGUACUGUUAUUGAUCGUUAUCGUUACGAUAAUUCUAUAUUUUGUCCUGAGCAGGAGAAAAAAUGACAGUUAUAACCAAUUCGAUGACAAUAACAGCGAUGGGUCUCGCAGUAAUACAAUAGAACCAAUUCCUAAAGUAGAAAUAUUAUCGAAACCUAGGCUUGACAUUGAGGAGCUAAAGAGAAGCGAACGGCGACUUCAAGAAAGACUCGAUAUUCCCACAGUGUCAAUUGGACCAGAAAUUAACGUAAAUGAUGUGAAAGAUGAACCGCUGACAGAAACAAUAGUUGACAUUGUUACUCCCGUUCCACAGCUACCAAUAGUCAUACAAUCAAUCGACAAGUUAAAAGAUAGUGCUGAGGAAUCUGAUGAAGAUGAAUUUGGUGAAAAGAAAGGACAGCGAAGAAAGUCUGUCGUUACAUUUAACGAAAACGUGGAAAAAAUCAUUCAUUUGGAAGAUUUGGACGAAGCUGACACACCGGAACCUACUUUAGAAGUUUAUAAAUUUUGAAGUUUACCAUAUAUAAUGUGAUAAACGAGAAUGUUUGGUGGAGUUUAAUUAAUAUUACAAAAAAAAAUACAAAUAUUUAUUUAUACAUCAAUAAAUAAAUACUCAUGUA